GCGAAUGGGCGGAAACUGUGGUGACGGGCAACAAGUACACCUUCAGUAGACUGUUUGCAGGCAACCUGAUGAUAAACUUCACCCUGCCAGCUUCGCAUCGUAUCCAACAGUUGUUCAGCCUGAUCGCCACGGGUUCUCGGAAGUUCAAACCCUGCUUUGAUCACAGUCGUCUCCUCGUUUUGCCUCCCCAGUCGCCUGUGGACAGCUGGAUUCUGCGGGAUCGAAUUGCCCAGUUAAAUCUUUUCCUGCCGAUUCAAGUUUCGCGUGUUGAGCUGUCGUCCUUCACGCUGAAUGUUCAUCCCCCAACGCAUAAUCUCUCAGUAAGUCUUUCAACUUUUCGUGGCACUUUUCGACCUCUUCGUCCGUCUUCUACUACGUGCGCUAGGGAUCAAUUAAAAACCGUUAUCUUUUUUAAUGAGAUGAACGUCUGCCGGCGCUUAUCCUGCAAGCCACAAUGUAAAACACGAAAAAGUGAGGCCAGAGGAUCUAAACCACAUGAUUCUCAUUUGCUUUGGCAUUUUCGAUCUUCGCACAAUAAUGAUGCGCACAGUUGA